AUGCCCUUCCCUCGUCCUCUCCUCUCCCCCCAACCCCCAACUGUAUUGUUCGCCCCCAAAGCCUUCGUCUUUCUCAGCCGCCGCCGAGCCACCAUGUCAGCCCCACACGACGCCGCAAAUCCCAGUUCCCAAGAUGCGCUACAAACCCCAGUGAACUACCCCGUGCCCCUCUCCCCGCCUCUUCCCGCCAUCUCAAAGCACAUAGAGCUAGCGAGAGCCAUGUCCGCCUCUUCCAAAUCCAGCCUCUUCUCCCUCUCGAGAAACGACGUCGUCUACGAGGACGAGUGGCUCAUUGUGGUUAACAAGCCUCAGGGUGUUUAUUGUGAGUCCGUGUUGGAAUCGGUCCCUCAGCUUCUCUGUGACUCGGCCGAGUCAGUUGCAGAGACCCGAACAAAGCAGCCAGAGCUCCAUCUUGCAAAUCGACUUGAUCGCGACACUAGUGGAUUGAUGAUAAUAACCAAGUCACACAAAGUAGCGGCCAAGCUUGUGAAGGCAUUUACAGAUCACAAAGUUUCCAAAACAUACAUUGCACGCUGUCUUGGUUCAGCUCCGAAAUGGGAAAGAAUCACCCUCAAGUCAGGUCAUGGUCGGUCAAAGUUUGGCGUAUGGCGAGUGUAUGCUGCUUCAGACGUAGGUCGGACACUUCCAGGUGGGUCAAUGGUCAGAGACAUGGAAACAUCGUUUGAAAUUUUAUCAGUAAAUGGACAAGGGAGCUACGAAGAGCCAUCUGAGUUUAAGAAAGAUGAAGCAAAUGUUGUAGUGGUUGAAGAGAAAGCUGUAAUAGAUGGAGACGCAAAGAAGGACGAGAUUUUAGUAAGAGCCCGUCCUAGGAGUGGACGAACACAUCAAAUUCGCUUGCAUUGCCAGUAUCUUGGAAUUUCCAUAAGAGGGGAUGUCAAGUAUGAGGGUGUGUAUGAGUGGAAAGGGACAACUUAUGACAGCCAUGAACUUCAUGCGGAGAGCUUGUCUCUUGAGCACCCUGUUACUGGUCUUCCAGUAAUGUUUCGGGCACCUGUACCUUCUUGGGUCAGCCAGGCGUUGCAGCACUAGUUAAGUUCAAUGGUUCUGUGUUCAAAGCCUGGGUUUGAGAAGAUCUCCCAAUCAUGGUUAGGUUUCAUGCAUAAAAGGAGAAAUGUAUGCCAACUUGAUUUAAUGCGAGGGGAACUGUAAUUUCGAGACUUUUCCCUCUGCAAAUAUCUCCCGCUUCAACAUGGUUACUUGCCAUUGUCUGUGAAAAAUGGUUUUGGGUUUGAUGCCGAAGGCAAGCUUACCGAGGUCUGCAGUUGCCAGUGCAGCUUUCUCCUACCUUGCCGUUUGCUCCUUUGUUCGAUCAUACGUGGAGAAUGGAUUUGGGAUUCAAAUCAUAAGUCAUCAACUUUUGUAAGUAACAAUUUACAAGGAAAAUCUGUUGUACCAUUUCUUCUCAAAUCUCUCUCAUAUGAUUUGAUUUUGCAAUUCUGCUUCUGUUUAAGUUGUUAAACUUCUCUCCCUUGCAUAUUUGGUACGACUCUGCCUUUUCUCUCA